UACAAUUAUCCGCAGUAUCGUUUCGUCCGUUCGACCAUAAAACCGCCCACGACAGUCCUAUCUCUUCCUACUGAAACUCUCUCACUCUCUCACUCUGGAAAUGGAGCUCCAGAGCAUCAUGACCGUCCAUCUCAAUCCCUCUCUCCCUCGCUUCUCCUCUCUAUCAAUUCCAAUUUCCCUCUCCAACCCUUUCUAUUCCAAGAAUUCCACAUCUGCCCUCAGACUCUCCAUUUCCCGCCAAUCUCACUUCAAUCCCAAACCACUCUCAGUCUCCUCUGCGGCGGCCUCUUCUGCCAUUCAAACAGACAAGAAAGAUCGAUUGCCGGCCAAUGUCAAGGUCACGGAAACCAAAGAGCCCAAUUCCAGAGUUAGGCUAAGUGUGGAAGUUCCUCCAAUUGUAUGCCAGGAUUGUUACAAGAGGGUCUUGGACGAGUUCUCAAAACAGUCGAAGGUCCCUGGAUUUCGACCGGGAAAGAAAGUUCCAGAGAAUAUCCUUUUAAAUUAUAUAGGUGAACAACACGUGAAAAGGGCUACCAUCGAGUCUAUUUUGAGGAGGACCCUUCCCCAUGCCAUGUCUUCGGUUGAAGGAAGGGCCUUGAAAGAUUCAGUUCAAAUUGGAACUAAAUUUUCUGAGAUGGAUGAAGAUUUUUCCCCUCAAGAUUUUCUCAGUUAUGUUGUUAUAGUUGAUGUGGCACCUGAAGUCAAAUGGAUGUCUGAGAAUGCAUACAAGAAUUUGAAAGUAGUUGUUGAGAUAGACAAUGAGAUAGAUGCUCAAAGGGCAUCUGAAGCAGAGCUAAGACGACGCCACAAAGCACUAGGUGCUCUGAAAAUUGUAACAGAUAGAGGCCUACAGCAAUAUUUGAAAACUUCACAGGUUGGUGAUGUUGCAGUUCUUGAUAUAUUUGCAACAACGAUUGGUAAAGACAAUUCUGGUGGUGAAAAAAUUCCAUUUGCAGAGAAGAAAGGUUUUAGCUUUGAUACUGAGGAUGGUGAUUACCUCAUUCCUGGAUUCCUCAAUUCAAUAAUAGGAAUUCAAAGGGGUGAAACAAAGUCAUUUCCACUUCUAUUUCCAGAAUCAUGGAAACAAGAAAAUCUCCGUGGUGUUUAUGCUCAAUUUACUGUUGAAUGCAAAGAACUAUUUUAUAGAGAUUUACCAGAGCUCAAUGACUCUCUCUCUGAUAAGCUUCUUCCUGGAUGCAGUACCUUGAGUCAGGUCAGGGAAUUGAUAUUACAGAGAUGUAGAGAAGUGGAACAAACAGCGAGAGAGCAAGCAACUGAUAAUGCAAUUCUAGAUCAACUUUGCAAGCUUAUCGACAUCGAUAUUCCUCAGUCCUUGUUUGAAGAACAAGGUAGGCAACUAUAUGGAGCCAGACUACUAGAGCUACAGGCAAGCACAAAGCUAGAUGAACAGCAGCUUGCUUCUCUUUCAAGUGAGAAAGCUGUAAACGAAUUCUUGGAAAUUCAGAGAGAGAAUAUAACGAACAUGAUCAAGCAGAUGCUUUCUGUUGGAGAGAUUUUCAAGCUUGAAAAUUUGCAGUUUCCAACAGAGGAGCUGGUCAAAGAAGUUGAGAACUCUGUGGCUGAAUUCAAACGCCAUAAUCAGGAGUAUGAUGAGGAACACAUAAGAGAACAGGUGCAAGACAUCUUAGAGGGAGCAAAGGUGCUUGAAUGGUUGAGAGAACAUGCUGACAUCGAGUACAUAACCAGGUGAGAGACUCCCUCAUAAAUUAUCGGAGACCAUAUCCUUUUUCAAGAGGAUUUUUUUUGUUUCACAUGCCAGGAAUGUAGAAAUGAGUGAUGCAGCAUCUGUGUAUAAUUCUUAUCCUAUUCAAGUAUAUGUAUUGUAGUAAGGUGCAUCUUUGUCACGUCGAUUCAUCUACGUGGAAAUUAUCAU